AUGGAGAGGGUUUAUCUGAAGUUUCUCUUCACCACCAAUCUUGUCAAAGCUCAACUCGUCAGCCCUGCCGAGAUGACCGAAGAGAGGAAGACUGCCGAGGCGAAGAGGAUGAACGAGUCCUCAAAGAGGCGCCUUAUGCUCGGCAUGCAGGGGAAGAAAAAAGGGCGGCAGGCCGGAACGGCACCAGCGUCUUCGGGAGGGGUUGACCCUGAUGACUUAACUCUCAACGAGUGUCAUCGUCAGAUGAACGUUGAAUCGGCGCAUGCCGAAGCGGCCGAUGCUGGUCCAUCCCCCAACCGAGGUAUGACUGCCGAGGGUACCUCCUCCAAAGCCACCGGCAAAAGGCCGGUCACGGUCGAUCUUGAUGCCAAUCCCGCUCCAAAACGCGGGCGACAAGCCGAGCCUGUUCGGGCCAUCUUCUCUGCCGAGGACGACGAGGCGCCUCCCGAAGCUAUCACCCUGGCCUGUCCUUCAAAGACGGUCCAGUUUGUGAACCACAUGAUUCUCGGUUCACAAAUGGAGCUGUCCGAGAUCGAGGACCUCCCGAAAAAGCUCCUUCGGGAGGAGGCUGGCCGCGCCUUCCGUCUUCAAGCUUCAGCCUCAAUGGACAUGUGGUUGUGCAUCAAGUUAGCCAUUAAUGCCGCCGAAAAGGCGAAGAAGGCAUAUGAAGACGGCAGAGCGAAGGUUGCCGAGGCUAGUAAAACCAUCCAAGCUCAGGCGAACUUGGCGAAGGACAUGCAGGCUGCCGAACGGCAAGUAAAAGUUUAUCAAGCCAAGCUCAGUGAGAUGUCGGCAGCCUUGGAGGCGGCGCAGCUAAUGGCAAAGGAGGCUCUGGAGUCGAAGGAGGCAAUCCAGGUGGCCUUUGAGGAGUCCGAGCGGGUCAGGGCUUCCGAGAUCGAGGCUACCGUCCAGGAGGCGAUACGGGGGUACCGUCGGGUCUACCGAGUUUUCUACCUUGCUUGA